AUGGAUCCUAACAAUCCUAACUUUCAAGGGAACGAAAAUAAUUUAAAUUUUGAUCCAGAAUUUGCUUCUCAUCCCAAUUUUCAAGUGUUGAUGCAAAUGAUGAGGGCAAUUCCUUCAAAUUUUCAACAUAAUUCUAGUAGCUCAAAUCCUACACCUUCCUUUCACCAAGAUAUAUCCCAAAAUUUCAAUGAGAGUCAGAGCUAUCAUACCUCAUUACAAGAUUCAUACACUGAUAAUAAUUCUACACAACCAUAUUUUGGAGUUGUUGGGGGUCAAGGUAGCAGUAAUGAAGUGUUGCGUGAGGAAGAUGAUGAUGUAGAAGAAACACAUCCAACGACGAUAGAGCCGAUCUUAACUCCGCCAGUGGUGGUGAGAUCCAAAAAGAAGAAGACUCCCAAUGCCACUACAAAAGCAGCUGCAGCAAACAUGAGUUGGUCGGUAAGAGAGGAGGAGGCUGUUAUUUCUUGCUACAUGGAACAUUGCACUGAUGCUACUACUGGAACAAACCAAACAGGAGCAGAACCCUGGAGGAAAGUUUUUGCAUCUUAUGAAUUGGCUAGACAAUCACGACCUCAUGAAUUACCGGAAAGAACUCCUAAUUCUAUAAGGAGUCGUUGGUCCCGGAUGGCUAAAGAUGUGCUGAAGUGGGUUGGGUACCUCGAGGAAGUGGCAAGGGUCAAAAAGAGUGGCCAAGUUGAUGAUGAUAUUAGGCGCGAAGCACAUAUUAUGUGGAGACGUCAUGAAAAUUGCAAUUUCAUCUACGAGAAAGCAUUUGAGAGCCUGUUCCUUUACCCAAAAUGGAAAACUAGGAUUCGGAGGUACCUCCCAAAGAGUCUAAGGGACGAGGAAACCAACAUUACCCAAGAAUCUGACCCGGAUAGUAGCGGAAGCGGCAAAAGGGUAAGGCUUGAUGAGGAUGAUGAAGUUGCUGUAGACGAUGAUUCUACUGGUGGUAGGGCCUUUAUGUCUGGGGGUAUUGUUCGACCUGGUGGGGUGAAACAAGCUAAAGCAAAGAAGUUCAAAGGGAAAGCCACCUCAUCAUGCUCUGAGGAAGUUGCUAUGAGUUUGGGUGAGAAUCUCAAAUUACAUGCUGAAAUGAGAGGUGUAGAUAUUAACUUACAAAAGGAGAAGUUAGAGUUCGAAUAG